UACACAGAAGCGGUAGGAUCUGUUGUUGAAUUUCAGGGGGUGAAAGGAUGAGGGAUUACCCCUCCACUGGACUAUGGUAACGAUUUCGAUGAUAAGAUAACACGCUUAAUGAAAAGUGACAUCUGCCGGAGAGAGCUGCACAAGUGUGAUUUAAUUGACUUUUUUUUUUAGGGUAUCGUCCUUGCUCCAAUUAAUAAGAAAUGCCAGAGUCGCACUGUAUGUUUCCCCCCUCCACUGAGUAGCACCAUUAUUCACUUUAGAUACUGCCUAGUGGGGUUGCUUUAAAAGGGGUGGUAGACUACAGGAAUUAAGUAACAGAAACCAGUUGUGACAUCUCGCUUUCACCUCUCCUAGGGUUAUAUCGAGUAGCGACGACUUUUAGUGCGUGCACAACGUCCUGCUAUCGGAACGCUCUUCGGCGGUAGAAUCCGAGAUGUGAUAUUGUGUGUUGCUUGCACAUGUCAUUGUUUCCUAGGCGUCAGCGGUCGCAGUGGAUUAAAGAUUUUCGGUAAGAACUUCAAUGUAUGACACUAAACAGAGAGAAAACGUUCGUAAAUAUUACUGGACAAAACUCAAUGGCAGAGGAAACGCAGACUCGUGGUAUUUUACAGAGAGCAGUAUAAGGUAUAGAGGUGGCAGAAGCUGGUGAUAUUGACUCGAAAGUACAUUAUCGAAGAUAAUUGGGACGGUGUAUUGAUUUUUACGGUCCAUUUACUUAAAAGCUUGAAGCGUAAAAUUUCAUCUUAAUGAGGAAGGCGGAGCCACGAUAAUUAUGACAUCUCUGCUACCCGACUAACGAUUGGCUGGCGGAAAUUUGAUGGACGUGCGUCAUCUCAUAGGGCAAUGAAUAAAACACGUUUAUCCAAAGUAAACUGAAAAAUUUGAUCAUAUCUGACAUGUGUACAUGCAAUAAGUUUUUUGUUAUCACGAAAAUUUCCCAGUGACUUGACCAAGAGAGGUUUAGAAACAGUGCCUCUGCUGAAAAAAAGAUUUAAAUUUCAUUAUCUUGUGUUUUUUUGCGGAACACUGCAGUGAUUAAGAGGAUAAAGCUGAAUUCUGUGUGUCAAAACGGGACUUAGAAACCAUUGCGGGUACAUUAUUGAAAAGCGAACUAAUCCGUUAGUGUGUCAUAAGAGGAUUUUUAGCACGUCGCAUGUGAAAACAAGACAUUUAAUAUUAAGUUAGCCAUUCACUCAUUGACAAGAAGGAGGGACGAAUUUCUUUGUGCUUUCUGUUUUAUAUACAUCAACAAAAAACAAACUUCGACCUGUGCAACAAUUGUCGAUAAUUUCUCUGUGUUGUGGAUAGUACAGAACUAAUCAAUGGCACGCGUUAUUCAUUAAUUACGCACAAGUUGAUGAGAAAGCAAGAAGUUAAGAUUUAGGAUAUAAUGCCUUGUAUCGCCGGUAGCUAUUAGUGUAUAUAAACUUUACAGAGGGAAUGAUGGCGGUCUGCAAUAAGUUUGUUGACUAUUUGUUUUUCGUAUUAACUUUCACAUUUUUCUUGUAUGUCAACAUCUGCUCGGUCGAGGCAGAAGAGGAGCGAAGAUGUCAAGAAAUCACGAUCCCGAUGUGUAAGGGUAUUGGAUAUAAUCUGACCUACAUGCCAAAUCAGUUUAAUCACGAGACACAAGAAGAGGCUGGAUUAGAAGUCCACCAGUUCUGGCCUCUUGUCGAAAUCCAUUGCUCACCGGAUCUAAAACUCUUCCUGUGCAGCAUGUAUACUCCGAUAUGUAUUCCGGAUUACAAACAUCCCUUACCAGCAUGUCGAUCCGUCUGCGAGAGAGCCAAGUCUGGAUGUGCUCCGCUUAUGGCUCAGUACGGAUUCGAAUGGCCCGAAAGAAUGAAAUGUGAGAAUUUACCUGUUUUUGGAAGUGGAAAACUGUGCAUGGACCAUAAUCAGACGGAAUCCACUGCCUCUCCACCAAAGAAAGAGCAUCCUGACAAUCAUAAUAAACCGGUCCACCCAAGAAAGAAGAAACCAAACCAAGGAAUUAAUAAGCAAAACCCAAACAGACCCGAUAUACCUAUACCUAGACCCUACGAUCCCAUAGACCAAAACUAUGUCAUUCCUCCCGGGUUAAACAGACACUGUGACUGCAAAUGCAGAAUGGCUCAUCUUGAUGAAACGAAUGCAUUUUACAACAAAAUAUCUACCGGAGGCUUCGAGAACUGUGCUGUUAACUGCACAAGUCCUUAUUUUACUCCUGACGAAAUGACAUUCGCGACAUUCUGGGUAGGUUUGUGGUCCAUUCUGUGCUGCAUUUCAACUUCAAUGACUGUACUAACUUUUCUGGUGGAUACUGAACGUUUUAAGUAUCCCGAGAGACCCAUAGUCUUUCUCAGUGUCUGCUAUUUCAUGGUGAGUGUCGGGUAUAUUAUUCGACUGAUCGCAGGACAUGAAGCUGUAGCGUGCAAUAAAAAUGUUAUCCGAUAUGAAACCACCGGACCUGCUUUGUGCACAGUCGUAUUUCUUCUGGUGUAUUUUUUCGGGAUGGCUUCCUCCAUUUGGUGGGUUAUUUUGUCCUUCACUUGGUUUCUGUCAGCUGGUUUGAAAUGGGGACAGGAGGCCAUUGCCAGUUAUUCCCAGUAUUUUCAUCUUGCCGCCUGGCUCAUUCCGUCAGUGAAAAGUAUUGUAGUGCUCGCCAAAUCCUCAGUGGAUGGGGAUGCUAUUUCCGGAAUAUGUUCCGUUGGAAAUCAAAACUUGGAUAACUUGCGCUGGUUCGUUGUAGCACCUCUGUUCGUUUAUUUGAUUAUUGGGACUUCCUUCUUAGUGGCAGGUUUUGUGUCAUUAUUCCGAAUUAGAAAUGUGAUCAAACAGCAAGGAAGGACAACCACAGACAAAUUGGAAAAACUCAUGAUUCGAAUUGGAGUUUUUUCCGUUCUUUAUACCGUGCCAGCGACAAUUGUAAUUGGUUGUUAUAUCUACGAACUGACUCUCAAACAAAAAUGGGAGAGAAGUAAAAACUGCCCGUGUGAGGGAAGUGAAUCAAAGCCUGACUAUUCUGUGUUUAUGUUGAAAUACUUUAUGUGUUUAGUUGUGGGAAUCACAUCCGGGUUCUGGAUCUGGACUGGGAAAACGGUCGAUUCCUGGAAGAGACUUUUCAAUGGACCCUGUUGUAGACGUGACAAUACAAGCUUUAAUUCUCGUUUUUCAAAACCAGCAACUAAUUCCACAUACCCGGGUGUUAAACCUCUUCCUUUAAGUCAGGUGUGAACUUAUUAAGUGGAAUACUCCGAUAAGAAACAUAGGGUAAAAUGAACUGUUGAAAUUGAAAUGAUUUUGAAAAAAAGCGAAGAUUAUGAGCGUACCAGUAUGUAAAUGAGAAAGAAAAAGUAUGUGAAUGUGAUAUGAUAUAUGUUCUUUUUCUGAAAAAUUCAAUGUCUGUAGGAAUUCGGAUGCGACAAAUCGGGGCUUACAUGUCAAAGUAUUCUUGUUUUCGAUAUUUCAGCUGGAAGGAGCGAGAUUAUUAUCUAUGAUAAAGUUAAUCCUCUAGCAAAAUAUUUUGUAUAAUUUCACUUGUCAGUUUAUGGCAUGUUAAAUUUCUAAUAGUCUAUCGGUUAAUUGAUCUCUAAUUUUCAUUAAUAUGUUUACAAAUGAUUAACUGUCAAAUGAUGAUAAAUGUUUACCCCAAGGGAAUUUUUUCACCUUGUUAAGUGAAAAUAUUAUUACAAUUAAAAGUCGAAUUCAUUAGAACUUUUCUACAGCAUGUCAUGUUAGUUGCUUGCAGAUGUGAAUUAUGUAUGUUCAAAAAUGCCCUGUUCGCAUUUAAUUUCAUGACUUCCCCAGUGCUUUUUAUGUAAUAUUAUUUAUAUUUUGUACAUAUGUUGUAAAAUACUCAUUUGUCAUUGUUGGUAUUGUUUUACGAAAUUAUGCCAAUCUUUUAUGUAAAGUGUACAAAUAUGUAAAAUUUACAAGUACUGUGUAAAAUAGAGACAAUCAGAAAAAAAAUGUAAUCUAAGAAUCUAGAAUCAAAUUUUUGCCAUAAUUUUCAUUAAGGUGCUAUAUAUUUCAACCUUGUGCAAGAAAUAAAGAUUCAAAAUGAUGGUCAAAA